UUGCAAGGGAUUUCCUGUUGUGAGGAUCUGCCGUUAGAUUGAAUGUAGACGGGACUCAAGCUCGUGCCACGUUACGCUACGGUGCGUUAGCCUCAAAUGUGUUCCCUGUCAUUUCUCGGUAAAGUGCUGUCCUUCCAUGGAUCCUCUCAAGUAUUUGAGCUGAAGUAGAAUAAUCGCGGGCAACAUAGUUGUCGGUAUCUUUAGUAGACGUGUAGCUUGUAAAUCUCAGGAAGAGGAAUAGUGUUUAGUCUAAUUCAGCGCAACUGCAUUAUGCAGAGUGGAGCCUCUUUUUCUCGCUCGCAAAUAAAAUAAUGGGAGAGAAAUGAGAAGGAAAACAAAAGCGCAGCGAAUUCUUGACUACGAAAAUGAAGAGGACGAAGAAGAGGAACAAAAACCGGACUGCUACAGUAAUAAUUUGUAUCAUGUCAACCCGACUGUCAAACAGAACGGUGCACAGAAAAGAAGGAAAAUGUAUCUCUCCAAAGAGAAAGCAGAAGAAAAUAUCUCAUCCGAAGCCGGGCUUCAGAAGUUGGACGUGAAGGUUAAUGAGCUGGAUUGUUCUUCCGCAGACCUCUACACUGACAGUCCUCCUACUUCUGAGACAGAGGAGGCUCAUUAUUUACAGUCCUAUUCCAAGAAGGAGCUUAUUGCGAUGGUCUUAUGUAUGCAGAGAGAAAUGGAAGACAUGAAGGAACAACUUAGGUGCCUUACAGCAUGUGGAAAGCUAGCAAGAAACUUGGAGACGCUGAUUGAGAAGACCCAGGUGUGGUCAAAUGGGAACAACGGGAUCUCUCCUGGGACCCCUGUUUCUCAAGGCACAACACAAGCACCUGGCGAGCCAGAGGCUGUGAUAGCAGAUGUAGGGUCUCUUCCAGCUGUUGUCAAUGGGCAAUGGCUGAAUCAGGGUCCUGGACCACAGAAACCUCAUGAGGCCACUCAGAAUGCACACAGAGAUGGACUCUACACAGAGUUUAUUACUCCCGAACUUCUGGAGAGGUGUAACACAGGAACCACUGCCCAAAAACUGACCAACGACCUGCUCCGUGGACUUUACGAGAGAGAAUGCCUUGCUUCCCACUCCAUAUCUGGCGUGGUGUACAAUAAAAGGGGCCAACCCAAACCUGCCCUCCCCACCGAAGAGGUCCAGGCAAUCCUGAGAACAGUUCAGUAUUUCUUCCCUGGCAAAACUGAUGCCGAGAUCAAGGGCUACAUCCGACAGAAACUACAAAACGAAGCCAAGAGGUUAAGGAAGAAACCAUCGCUCUCGGGCCAAUACGAUUCUAGAGAUCUCAAUCUACCAAGCCCCAGGUCUCACUUAGAUAUGACUGACCGCAAUUAAUAUGUACGGUUAGUGGAUAUCAUGUAUGUGUUCUCCAUUAAAAUAGCCUUAUUCGAUGUUACUCGGCCAUUAAAAAAGUCCUGGACUCUAAUGAAAUUGAUGUGCAUUGACAAUACUCUUCAAAGAAAGCCACAGUGAGUCGUUGGGGCGCUGACGGUUGUGGCGACACUGAUGUGAAAAUGCAAAUGAGCAAUUCCAGAUAAGUUGGCCUCUGGCUGCAACGAGCACAUUCGACGCUUAGAUAUCGAGUUGUUUAGAUAUUAAUGUGUCUCUGAUGUGAACGUCUGUUUUUUUGUUUUGUUUUUUAAAAACACUUUGUAUUUAACAGAUGUAGGACGUAAAAGUGUGCGAGGAGAAUUCUAGAGCGUGACCAUUGUAUUUUCAAUGUAUUUCUUAUUUGAAGAUGUUCUUUGGUCUAUACGACAGCAGCUUUAUGUUUGUAGUUUUUGGUUAUUAAAUGCUGAAAACACAGCUGUUGGUA